AUGCUGGCGGACCUGACCGCUAGAUUUCUUGUUUUGCUGCAGGAGCGGGUGGUGCAGGUCUCACGCGUCACUAAGGUGGUCAAGGGAGGAAAGUCCAUGAGCUUCAGGGCGGUGGUGGUUGUGGGAAAUGAGAAGGGCACAGUGGGAGUGGGCACAGCCACAGCCAAGGAGGUGAUCGAUGCAGUGCAGAAGGCGGUGGUGGACGCGAAGAAGCACUUCAUCACAGUGCCGCUGACUCGUAGCCAGUCCUUCCCCCACCGUUUUGACGGCAUCUUUGGAGCCGCCAAGGUCAUGCUGCGGCCCGCAUCGGAGGGAACCGGUGUUAUUGCAGGCGGCGCGGUGCGCGUCGUGCUGGAGCUGGCGGGCAUCAAGAAUGGCUUUGGCAAGCAGCUGGGCAGCGGCAAUCCCUUGAACAACGCCCGCGCGACGAUCGAGGGCCUCAGAGCGCAGCGCACUCUGCAGAUGGUUGCCGACGAACGCGGCCUCUCCAUCGCCGACCUCAUGGGCUACACGCUCGGUGAGUCAUCUUUCAUUGCUCAUAGGUCAGUCAUUGGGUGA